CCUGCACUCUGGGGCCGCAGACUGAAGGAGGAGGUCGGAACGCUGCGUAAAAAACACAGGGUUGCACUGGAACCGACUUCUCCCCGGUUAAAUUAUAAAUAAUAAGAAUUUAAAAAAAAAAAAAAAAACUUGCACGGGGAGCACCUGUAACCACGUUCUGCAGGAACCAACUGCUUUGCUGUUACCAGUAUGUCCGGCAGCACCAUAGCCAGGGUGCUGGUUGCUCUGUGUAUCGGGAGCGCGGUGAACUGCAUGCCCAAAGAGGCGCACAGGAAUCGGCGGCAGGCGCAGCAGCAUCACGUCUCCUCAGUCUCUCAAGAUGGUUGUAUAGAGAACGGCCACUUCUACGGCGUUAAUGACCAGUGGGAGCGGCCGUUUUUGGGCAGCACUCUGAUUUGUACUUGCCAUGGAGUAGCUGGAAUCAAGUGUAAAAGCAAACCUGAAGAGGAAAGGUGCUAUGAUAAAAUCAACCAGCAGUACUAUGCUGUGGGAGACACCUAUGAGAGACCCAAGGACGGCAUGAUCUGGGACUGUACCUGUAUUGGAUCAGGAAAGGGAAAGAUCAGCUGCACUAUUGCUAAUCGCUGCCACGAGGGUGGAGCUUCAUAUAAGAUUGGUGACACCUGGAGGAGACCCCAUGAGACAGGAGGCUACAUGUUGGAGUGUGUCUGUCUGGGGAACGGCAAGGGAGAGUGGACCUGCAAACCUGUGGCUGAGCGUUGCUAUGACAAUUCUGCGGGAACAUCCUACGUUGUCGGGGAGACGUGGGAGAAGCCGUAUCAGGGAUGGAUGGUUGUGGACUGCACCUGUUUGGGAGAGGGAAGUGGACGCAUCACCUGCACCUCCAGAAAUCGCUGCAAUGACCAGGAUACUCUGUCCUCCUACCGUAUUGGAGAUACCUGGACCAAGACAGACGCCCGAGGCCACCUACUUCAGUGUCUGUGCACGGGCAACGGCCGAGGGGAGUGGAAGUGUGAAAGACAUGCCUCACUUCACACCACUGGCCUGGGCACUGGCUCUCGUGUGAUCACCAACAUCCAGCCUGCGGUCUACCAGCCUGCCACCGUGCCUGAGGUCACCCAGGAGGGACCCUGUCGCACAGAUGCCGGACUGUCGUACUUCAUCGGCCAACGCUGGAUUAAAACCCAGGGAGCCAAGAAGAUGAUCUGUACCUGCCUCGGCAAUGGAGUCAGCUGUGACCAGUGGGACGGACCAGCUCCCGUGUAUGGUGGUAACUCCGGAGGCCUGCCCUGUGUGUUCCCCUUCGUCUACAAAGGAAAAACCUACCACUCCUGUACCUCUGAUGGACGCAGUGACGGACAGCUGUGGUGUUCCACCUCCUCCGACUUCGAAACAGACCAGAAAUAUUCUUAUUGUACUGAGAAGAAUGCGAUGGUGACAACACGAGGCGGUAAUUCUAAUGGUGCUCUGUGCCAAUUCCCCUUUGUCUACAAUGGCCGAAACUACACCGACUGCACUGCUGAUGGACGUAGGGACGGCAUGAAAUGGUGUGGCACAACAACAGACUACGAUACAGAACAUCGAUUUGGCUUCUGUCCCAUGGCUGCUCAUGAAGAAGUGUGCACAACCAGUGAGGGGGUGAUGUACCGCGUAGGCGACCAGUGGGACAAACGACACGAUGUUCUGGGUCACAUGAUGCGGUGUACCUGCGUUGGCAAUGGGAGAGGAGAAUGGAGCUGCAUGGCUUACUCCCAGCUUAAAGACCAGUGUAGUGUGGAUGGUCUCACCUACGACGUUAACCAGACCUUCACCAAACAACACGAGGAGGGAUACAUGAUGAACUGCACCUGUUUCGGACAGGGCCGUGGCCGCUGGAAGUGUGAUGCCGUUGACCAGUGCCAGGAACCCGAGACAAGAGCCUUCUAUCAGAUUGGAGAGUCUUGGGAUAAAGUCAUCCAUGGAAUCAUGUACAAGUGCUAUUGCCAUGGCAAUGGUGUUGGAGAGCUCAGCUGUGAACCCCUGCAGUCAUACCCAGGUGGCCACCGUCCUGUCCAGGUGAUCAUAACAGAAUCUGGAAACCAACCCAACUCCCACCCUAUUCAGUGGAACGCCCCACCGUCUGCUCACAUCACCCAGUACAUCCUGAAGUGGAAAGUGAAAAACACUCACAGCCCAUGGAGAGAGGUGAUGAUUCCUGGCCAUCUGAACUCCUACACCAUCUCUGGUCUGAAGCCAGGCAUCACCUACGAGGGUCAGCUGAUCAGUGUGCUGCGCUAUGGACGCAGAGAAGUCACACGUUUUGACUUCACCACCACUUACGGAUCAUUGGCUACAUCACAGGGCGAGACCACUAUGCUUCCACCUGUGGUUGACAUCUCAGAGUCUGUGACUGAAAUUACCUCCAGCAGCUUUGUCAUCUCCUGGGUUUCUGCCUCCGACACAGUUUCUGGUUUCAGAGUGGAGUAUGAGCUCAGUGAGCAGGGACAGGGCAGUGAACAGCCCAUUGUGCUAGACCUGCCCCGUACAGCUACCUCAGUGAACAUUAAUGAGCUUCUGCCUGGGAGGAAGUACACUGUUAACGUCUACGAGGUUACAGAUGGCGGAGAGGACAACCUCAUUCUUACUACUUCACAAACAACUGCACCUGAUGCUCCAAAGGAGCAUGAAGUGGAGGAGGUUGGAGAUACUUCCAUUUUGAUCAGCUGGGAAAAACCACUGGCUCCCAUCACUGGCUAUCGUGUCGUCUACACUCCAUCAGUAGAGGGCGAAAGCACAGAGCUGACUCUCCCUGAUACAGCAACUUCUGUUACUCUGAGUGACCUUCGUCCUGGGAAGAUGUACAACAUUAGCAUUUAUGCUGUGGAGGACAGCCUGGAGAGCGAGCCCAUCUUUGUGCAGGUCAACACCUCAGGAGAUCCACUGCCAGAUGAAGAAGAAGAAGUGGUCUCCCCUACAGACCUACAGUUCUUUGAAGUGUCUGAUAAAAAAAUAGUUCUGACCUGGUCCGGUCCAGCUGGCGAUGUCUCAGGUUACCGGGUCACCGUGGUCCCUGUUGAUGAGUCUGGUACUCCCCAGAGAGAGAUGACUCUGCCUGUCAGUCAAAACUCCUACAUCGAAGUGACGCAUCUCCACCCAGGCACGAUGUACCGCUUCAACGUCUACACCAUUCACAAUGGAGAGGAAAGUUUGCCACUUAUUGGGGAGCAAACUACUAAGCCAGAUGCCCCCACAGAUAUCCAUUUCACCAAUGUGACUGAUGACAGUGCAGUGAUGAUGUGGUAUGCACCUCGUGCCAAAAUCACCGGCUACCGUCUCUUCCUCACUCUUGAGGGCUCCAACCCCAAGCAGCUGCGCCUACCUGCCCGCCUCACUCAGUACACCCUCCUCAACCUGAAGCCUGAUACGCAGUACAGCGCUACACUGCACGCAGAGCAAGACAAUACACUGAGCCAAGGAGAAACUGCUGUGUUUACCACUAACCCACCAAUGGGUAGUGCACCUCAGUUCAACACUGAUGUUACUGAUACCUCCAUUGUAAUUUCUUGGACUCCAGUUCCCCGCGUUGGAUACAAGCUGACGGUACGGCCCAGUCAGGGUGGGGAAGCCCCAAGAGAUGUGACCUCUGACUCAGGAAGUAUUUAUAUUUCCGGUCUGACUCCGGGAGUCGAGUAUACCUACAGCGUCCAGCCAGUCAUUAAUGGUCAUGAGCAAGGACCUCCAAUCACACGUCGUGUUGUCACUCCUCUGUCUCCUCCCACCGAUCUCAACCUGGAGUCCAACCCAGGCAAUGGUGAGCUCACAGUCCAAUGGAACGGCGCUAGCACACCAGACAUCACUGGCUACAGAGUUACAUGCACUCCCACCAAUGGGCAACAAGGAAACAGUUUGGAGGAAUUUGUGGAGGCGGGCCAGAACUCUUGCACCCUGGAGAACCUCAGUCCAGGUGUAGAGUACAACGUCAGUGUUGUGACUGUUAAGGAUGAUAUGGAGAGCACUCCUGUAUCAACUGUCAUCACACCAGAAGUACCACAGUUAACUGACCUCAGCUUUGAGGAUGUGAGCGACACCACGAUCAGUCUUCGCUGGUCACCACUCAACACCACAACCAUCACCGGUUACAAGAUCACGGUGGUUGCGGCUGGCGAGAGCGUACCCAUCUUUGAAGACAUGGUUCUGCCGACGACUGGUCAAUAUACGGUGUAUGGACUGGAACCUGGUAUCGACUAUGACAUCAGCGUGAUCACUGUGACGGAGAAUGGCGAGAGCGAACCCACCACGUUCACUCAACAGACCUCUGUACCAGCCCCCACUAAUCUAGGCUUUGGCCAGGUUGGACCAAACACUAUGGAAGUCACCUGGGUGUCUCCUCAUGUCCCAAACACUGCUGACAUUAACAGCUUCCUCAUCAGGUAUCACCCCAUUGAUGAUGAAGAUGACAUUACAGAGACCAGUGUGGGAGGCAAGGCUAACAAUGUCGUGCUGAGGAAUUUGCUGCCCAAUACAGAGUAUCUGGUGAGCGUUGUGUGUGCUUAUGAGCAAAGAGAGAGCUCACCCCUUGUCGGCACCAAGAAAACAGCUCUGGAUUCCCCUGUUGGCCUCCGUUUCUCUGAGAUCUUGACCAACUCCUUUACCAUCCACUGGCUCGCUCCCCAGAGCAAAAUCACUGGCUACCGUAUCCGUUACCAAAUGGUCAGUGGUGGGAGAUCCAAGGAUGAGAGGCUUCCCCCUUCCAGGAACCACUUCACCCUGACAGGACUCACUCCAGACACAGAGUACUUGGUCAACAUAUUUGCCGUGAGCGGGACUCAAGAGAGCCAGCCACUCACUGGCAAACAGAAAACAAUCUCUGAUGCUCCCACAGACCUGGAAGUGCUGGACUCAAGCCCAACGAGCAUCACCGUCCGUUGGACCGCCCCCCCAGUCACUGUGCGCUACUACAGGAUCACUCAUGGAGAGUCAGGAGGUCACAGUAACCCCAAGGAGUUCACAGUGCCUGGCUCUCAGUCCACUGCCACAAUAAAUAACUUGAAGCCUGGUACUGACUAUACUGUGACUGUCUACGCUGUGACUGGUAGAGGAGAUAGCCCUGCAUCCAGUAUUCCCAUCUAUGUCACACACAAGACAGGUGUCGACUCUCCCUCUGAAAUGGAGGUGACAGAAGUGAAUGAUAACAGUGUCACCGUGAGGUGGAGCCCUGCCCAGGGCCCCAUCAAGGGAUACAAGGUGACCGGGGUCCCCAAAAAUGGACAAGGACCAUCCUUCACUGAGGUGGUGGCUCCAGACCAGACAGAGAUCACUUUCUCAGGCCUGAUGCCUACAGUAGAAUAUACUUUGAGUGUGUACGCUCUUGGACAAGAUGGAGAGAGCUCUCCAAUGGUGGUGAAUGCUUUAACAAAUAUAGACCGUCCCAAGGACCUGGCCUUCUCAGACAUUGACUCCACCUCACUGAAGAUCACCUGGGACAGUCCUGAGGGAAUUGUUACAUCAUAUCGAGUCCUGUAUUCAAGUUCGGAGGAGGGUGAGAGAGAGCUGCGUCCUGCUCCUCGAGGAGAUGCUGAGUCCACUGUCAUCUAUGGUCUCCAGCCCGGCACUGAAUACACUGUGAAGGUCAUCGCCCUGCAUGAUGGCACAGCCAGCACACCACUGGUUGGGACACAGGCUACAGCGAUCUCUCCUCCUACCAACCUCCAGUUCUCCCAGGUUGGUCCUACUUCCUUCACUAUGCGCUGGACUGUGCCUGGUCAGGAAAAUCGACUGAACGGCCUUAGAGGCCUCACAGGUUACCGUGUGGUGGUGAACCCAAAGAACAAGAGCGGACCCACCAAAGAGAUCAACCUGGCCCCAGACACCACUCAGGCUCACAUCUCUGGACUCAUGAUUGCAACUACCUAUGAAGUCCAUGUUUAUGCCUUGAAGAACUCUCUGACCAGCAGGCCAGUCCAAGGAGAGGUCAACACUCUGGAGAACAUCAGCCCCCCUCGUCGUGUACGUAUCUCUGACGUUAAUGAUUCCUCCAUCACUCUGACCUGGCGGUCCAAGACUGAGACCAUCUCCGGAUUCCUGGUUGAGGCCACACCUACCUCUGGCUCUCCAGGCUAUAUACCCAUUCAGAAAACCAUCGGACCUGACUCACGCUCAUUCACUAUUACAGGUCUGGAACCUGGCACCAGUUAUAAGAUCAACGUCUACACACUGAAAGGCAAUGGACGCAGCGUACCUCUCACACUCACUGCCACCACAGCUCAACCACUGGUCUUGCCACCCACCAACAUUCGCUUCACAUCCCUGAAUCCUAACAGCAUUUCUUUCAUGUGGGAGCCAUCACGCAGCCCAAGGGUUACUGGGUAUUAUGUCACCUAUGAGGAGGCUGGAGGUUUGCCUCGAGAAGUCAUUCCUCGACCCCAUGCUGGCCAGAGCUAUGCUAUUAUCAAUGGUCUGAAACCAGAAACAGAAUAUGUCAUUAAGAUUGUAGCUCUACAGAAUGCUAUGAGAAGUACACCUCUAGUGGGCAAAGCCAGAACACAACCAGCUACAGAUUCUCAGCUAUUAGUCCCUGAGUUGCCUCAGCUUCCUGUUCCUCAUCGACCCAGCACUGACAUCCUUGAUGUUCCAGAGACCUUCAAUGACAAGAUUUUUGACUCCAACCAUGUCCACCUGACUGGUACUAGUGGCCAGAGCCAACCAGGCCAGCAGGGGCAGCACAUCUAUACAGAAUAUCAGAACCUGGGCCCCAAUAAUGGAUUUCAUGGUCCCUACAGUGGACCCAAAGAAGGCCAGAGACCCACCCUCAAAGAACCCCUGGUCUAUAUUCCUGUCCCAGGACCUGAUGGAAACAGAAUACCCUUGGUCAAGGUGAGCGACGGCCCUCUGCCAGGUCUUGCAUUUGGUUUCCCCGACAAUGAAACAGAGUUGCCCCAAGAAGCACAGACAAUCACCACCAUCUCCUGGCAACCUGUCCCUCAAACUUCAGAGUAUGAGGUGUCAUGUAAUCCCAUUACACACCUGGAGGAACAAGGUUUCCAGAUGCGUCUCCCAGGCACCUCCAACAGUGCAACGCUGAUUGGACUGACAUCUGGAGCUUCCUAUAAUGUCAUAGUUGAGGCCAUGACAGGCGGGGCCAAAGAGAAGGUUCUGGAGGAAGUCGUAACUGUUGGAAAUGCUGUUCCAGGUGACAUCCCUCUUACCACCAACCGGGAUGUGUGCUACGACACAUUCACGCAAACCUACCACGAGGUGGGCUCAGAGUGGGAGCGCAUGUCUGAGACGGGCUUCAAGCUGUGGUGCCGCUGCCUGGGGCUGGGCAGCGGUCAUUUUAGAUGUGAUUCAUCCAAGUGGUGUCAUGACAAUGGUAACAACUACCGUAUUGGAGAAAAGUGGGAUCGCCAUGCUGAGAACGGUCAUAUGAUGAGCUGCACAUGCCUGGGCAACGGCAAGGGAGAAUUUAAAUGUGAACCCCAUGAGUCGACAUGUUAUGAUGAUGGGAAAAUGUACCAGGUUGGAAACCAGUGGCAGAAGGAAUACCUGGGUGCCAUCUGCACCUGUACCUGCUAUGGAGGACAACAGGGCUGGCGAUGUGAGAAUUGUAGACGACCAGGAGGACAGACCGAUGUGGAUGCUGACCUCCUGCAGCCUGUUCACACAGAUGCCUUUGACCGGUACAGAGAAAACGCUCUACGCAAACUGAACAUCCAGUGUCCGAUUGAAUGUUUGAGGCCAGAGCUGCUUGCAGAUGCUCAGAGCCCCUCAGAGUAGAGAGGAAGAGAGCAUGAAUAAAGGAGGAUAAAGAAGUGAGAGCCCUUAAAGCGUCACCGCCACUUCGAGAAGGAAGCCACCUCCUGCAUUUCAUUAAAAGAAGACCUUUCCAUCAGAUUGUGCCUUCAAGGUUUUCACCGCAACAAAUUGUAGUGCCUUAAUAAGACUUUUCUACUCCAAACUCUGUGCCUUUUCAAAGAUUUGUCAACUGUUCACAUGGGUUUUAAUCCCCAACAGGGGACUGUUGAUCCUUCAACAGAAACAGGGAUUAUUUUUCCGGUGAAUUUUUGAUACAAAUCUGUCAGAGCACAAAUCCUGCUGCUUUAUCACUUUCAACCUGCCUACACCAAACAUACUGUCCACAACACACACACACACACAGUGCAGUAUUGUUACGUAUUUUUACUGUUGGAUUGGGGCUUUUGUUAAAUUCAGAACAUUCCAUGACAAUUCUACUCUUCUGACCAAAACAAAAUGUAACAAAAUUGCCCUGAUUUUAAUAAUGAUGUCCCCUAAUAAUAACUGUAGCCACCUUUAUUGCUUUUCCCAUGUUUUUUGAGGUUUCACUGUGACUAAUAUGUAUUCAGAGGACAUAUAGGUAAAGAUAGAGUGCAUUUUGUGAGUCCGUAGACAUUUCCAAUUAAGGAGCGAAAGUUACAGUAUUUCCAUUGUUCCCCAGAACAUUUUUUUUACAGCUCCGGUCUCAGCUUUAUUGACCUAGACAGACAUGACAGCCACAGUCAGAUUUAAAUGUAGUUGCUUUGACAGUUUUUAUUACCUUGAAUGCAUCAGUCUUUGCAAUGAAGGGGAUGACGCUUCAUUACAAAGAGUGCACCACUCUAAGUGUCCUGUCUAUCUCUGUGGUCAGUGUUCUGCUGUUCUGAAAAGCAGAGCCAUCGAUUGCUAACCACCCUUUUUUUUUUAAAUUACAAAAUUUAAACAAAAUAGUUUGCUUUAAAAUAUAAGCACUGUAACUUUUGAGGUGGUUUUAUGUUGCCUAGUGAUUAUUACUGUGUAGGCUUUAGAAUUCACCAUGUACAUGUGGUUGCAUCAUCUGUAAUGUGGGUAUUUUUUAAAAACACUAUAAUGCAAAAUACUAUGAUUUUUUUUUAAAACCCAAAGCUGAGUGACCAAAUGUUAGACUGUUAUUUCAAAACUGAAUUGGAAAAUUUAACAUUAUUUCCAAGAGAAAUGCAUUUUAUGACAUAAGUGUUUGUAUUUUUUUUUUUAAUUCAUUUGUUUUAUUUAUCCCUUUUUGUUUAGGCAUUUUGUUCAAUGCUAUUUUGGGGUGUACACUUUAUUUUUGAUCUACUUGUUUUUAUAUUGUUGGUGCCAGACUCUGAACUACUGUGGACUGAAUCUUUUUAAUAAACAGUAAAAAACCCA